GCUGAUCCGCUUCCAGAAGCUGGACAAGCCCAUCUUCACACCCACGACCAAGGCCGAAGUGGGUCACGACGAGAACAUGACCAUGGACGAUAUGGAGAAGCUUUUGGGUAAGGAGCUCGCUCAAAAGGCCAUGGAGGCUGCCAUGAAGCUCUUCCAGCGAGGAUCUGAGCUGAUGCGAAAGCGGGGGCUGCUGCUCCUGGACACCAAGUACGAGUUUGGGUUGGACGACAAAGGUGUGAUCCACGUCAUCGAUGAGGUGAACACCCCAGACUCCUCGCGCAUGUGCACGAUCGAGGAGUACGACGCCAAGUAUCCCAAGAUGGCUGCGGAGAUGAAGACCGGCAAGUAUUCCAACGUCACAGAGCUCAUGAAGGCGAAGCCCGAGAUGAAGAUGAAGGAGUUCUCGAAGCAGUAUGUUCGGGAUGCGCUGCUGGACCUGGGUUUCGAUCCCACCAAG